AUGAAUGUGGGGUUAUCGGACAUGAAUAACACCAACAACCACCACCACCACCACUCGGUAACUGAUGACAACGAAUGCACCGUUCGGGAGCAAGACCGGUUCAUGCCAAUCGCCAACGUGAUCCGAAUCAUGCGCAAAAUCCUCCCUCCGCACGCCAAGAUAUCCGACGAAGCCAAGGAAACUAUUCAAGAGUGUGUGUCGGAGUUCAUCAGCUUCAUCACGGGUGAGGCCAACGACCGUUGCCAGCGCGAGCAGCGCAAGACCAUCACUGCAGAGGAUGUUCUUUGGGGGAUGAGCAAGUUGGGUUUCGACGAUUACAUUGAGCCUAUGACUCUGUACCUGAAUCGCUACCGUGAUUUUGAGGGGGAUCGUGGCUCAUUAAGGGGCGACCCUAUGGUGAAGAGGGCAGCUGAUUUAGGCACACUGACUGCUGUGCAAGCUUUUGUGCCGGUGUUUCACUUGGGCCAUCUCCAUGGGUUUUUUGGAGCUCCUGCUAAUAUGGGUGGAUUCAUGAAGGAUGACGGAUCGAAUGCGAGUUCUUCCCAAGCUGCCGUGGCCAGUCUUGAGCCAUAUGCCCAGUUUAAUAAUAAGUGAGAUGCCAAAUUUGAUACCAACAGGUAUCAAAGGAAGGCUAGAAGUAAAAAUUAACAAAAUGUA